AUGCCGCCCAAAGCUCCAAUUACGCGAGGAAGGUUCCAGGUGAUAGAAGGCGAUCAGUCCGACAGCGACAUUGACGUCUCCCCGUGGCCGCCGUCCUCCGCCUCGUCAGCCGCCGGCAGGGCAGCCGCAGGCGCUCCUGCAGCCGCCGCCGCAGCAGCAGGCCCUGUAGAAGCAGCUGGAGCAGCUGGAGCAGCGCCGAGCCGAGGCUUGGCCAAGCAGGGAUCAGGGCCGUUGGAUCGGCGGCGAGUGUUGGACAGCGUCAGUGGCCCUCUGCCUUCUCCUGCUGCUACUCCGUCCGCCACCGCUGCUGCUACUGCUGCUGACUCAGUUGCCGCUGUCGCUGCUUCUGCUCCUGCGACUUCAGCAGCUGCUGCUUCUGUGACUGCUGCUGCUGCUGCUGCUGCUGGGCCCGCUAGCAGCAGCAGCAGCAGCAGCAGCAGCGGUGGUGGUUCUGGCACCAUCAGCAAUGUUACGGGUUCAUCUAGUGCAGGUGGCACCCGCGCUGGUGCUACCUCCCAGGAGCCUCGCGCCAGGCAGUUUCUGUCCGGGCCUCUGCCUGCCCUGGACGAGGGUCCGGGGGACGAUUGGCGCAAGGGGCAACGGGCAGAGAGCAAAGGGCUAGGGGUAAGGGCAGCGGGCGCAGCAGCAGUGGCUGAGGCUGAUGGGGGAGUGGAAAAAGAGGUCGCUGCUGCUGCAGCAACUGGUGGUGCCAGUGGCGGUGCAUAUCCGGCUGUUGGCAGGGCUGUCUCUUGUGUUGCAGAGACAGCAGGGGGGGAUUCGGCACAUGUUGCAGGGAGAGCUUGGUCUUCUGGGCCUUUGCCUGACAAAGGGGCUGCUGGGGCUCCUGCUGCUGGUCCUGGACGGGGAGAGAGGGAAGCGGGGGUUGGGGCGAAGGGGGACGGGAAGGCGGGUGUUCCCCUGGGGGCGGAGGGACAGGCGGGGGGGGUGAGGGGAAAGGCGAAGAGUGGGCCGCUGUUGGGGGACAAGGCUGCAGCAGCAGCCGGGGUGAUUGUAGUGGACCGGAUCUUCGUGAAGGACGAUGCAGAGCGGUACGUGGUGGUUGUGUGCGCGAGCAGGCAUGCAGGCGCCAAGGCAUCUCGGGCGGGGAAGCUGCCAUCGCGCUUCACAUUCGAGACUGCAGACGACCCAUCGGAUUUCGAGGACGCGUCUCCUCUCCCUGCUACUGCCUAUGGACACCCCUCUGCGACCUCCUCCCUCCCGGCCACUGCUGCUGCUCCCGCCACCUCUGCUGCUUCUCUUCCUGCCGACUACCCCCCUACUGCUGCCGCCGCCGCCGCCGCCGCCACUGCUGGUGCCGUUGCUGGUGCUGAUUCCGGUUCUGCCCCAGCUGCCCGUACGGGUGGUUCUGUUGCUGCGCCUGCUACCUUGUCCGUAAACACAGGAGGUGCAUCUGGUGCAGGCUCAUCUGCUGCUUCCCUUUCACGCAGAGGCGCUCCUCCUGUGAAGACCUAUUCCGGCCAGAUACAGCCUGCACCAGGUACGCCCUCCCCACAUGAGUCCACAGGGGGCGGGGGCUUUACUGUUCAUAGAGGCCCAGGUGGAACCACAGGUAGGUUUACUGAGGUGCGGGAGGGGCGAGGGAGAGAGGAGGGCGGGAGGGAGGAGAGGUGGGGGGUGGAGCGGAUGAGAGAGGAGGAGAGGGAGCGGAGGAGAGAUGAAAGGGGGAAGGUGGAGAGGGGGAGAGAGGAGAAGGGGAAGGAGGAGAGGGGGAGAGAGGAGCGAGCGAGAGAGGAGAGAGUGAGGGGAGAGCGAGGGAAGGAGAGGGCGAGAGAGGAGAAGAGGAGGGAGGAGCGGAGCAAGGAGGGAGGCGGGUCCAGGGAGUUGAGAGGGCGGGAGGAGAAGGGGAAGGAGGAGAGGGUAGGAGGGGGAGGAGGAGGAGGAGGAGGAGGGGGAGGAGGAGGGGGAGGGGGAGGGGGAGGAGGAGGGGGAGGAGGGGGAGGAGGAGGUGGAGCAACAGUGGCGGGGCGAGCAGGCGUGCAGCAGAAGGGGCGGUUCUCAGUGACGACAGACGACUCGGACGACGAGGAGGAGAGCGUGGGCAUGGGCAUGGCGCCCAUUGUGCUGCGCAGCUCACUCAUGCCCCGCCAGCCAGGCCAACAACCUGCUGCUGGAGGGGGCAUAGUGCCGCCCAACCGCCCUCCCACGCCCUCCCAUGGGGCGCCUGCUGCUGCUGCUGGGUCCUCCCACCUCCCUUGUUUCAGAAAGGUCUCCUUUGAGGCGCCUCAAAAACGCUCUCUCUUUCUUUCCCCGUUUUCUCCCUGCCACCUGACCCCUUUUUCCAUCAGGUCUCCUCCUCUCCCACUUCAGCCCAUUCCACUCCCACAACACCAGCAGCAGCAGCAGCAGGUGGGGGAGCAGAGUCCGUCUGUGGCGUCCCUCAGACCAGUGAAGGGUGUCGUCCUCGCCUCCUCCUCCUUCUCCUCCGCCUCCCUUGCUCGCUCCCUGCUGCCGCCCUCCUCAAUGCCCUCCCUCUCAUUCAUGCUUCGAAGCAUAUCAAACCAGCCAUCCAGUCGGGCAUCCCUGCCAACGGUGCACUCGCUGCCCUCCACCAUCCUCUCUGCGCCUGCUCGCUCCUCUGCCUCCUCUGCCUCCGCUGUCUCCGAUGCUCUUGUUGUGGUUCCCCACUUGAGAGCGUUACUCAGGCAUGCUUCGGAGCAGCAGGAGGUGCUCUUCACACUCAUCAAAGAGCUCUCAGACGCACAUCCAGAGAUUAAGAAUCCAGAGCAGUCAGCAGCGCUGCUGGGAGGCAUCAAGGUGGAGCUGCCAUCAGAGAGGGAGCGCGAGCUGAUGCAGCAGAUAGCGGAGAUGAAGUGCAAGGUCGCCACACUGGUGGAUAACGUGAUCACCUACCGCAAGCGCAACGCGCAGAUUGCGGCGAGAAGAGAUGUGAGGCGCGACUUGAACGCCCAGAAUUCUGAGGUGGGAGCUGUGUGUCAUGGUGCAGUCAACCAAAAGCUCAGUUGGAGGAGCAGAUGGCGGCAUUUCAGCAGAGGAAGGAGGAGAGGCAACCCUGUCGCCAUUUCUGACCCCUACUCCUUCCCCCUUUCGCGCCCUUCCCUUCCUCCCAUCCUCCCCCGCGCGCCCUCCCUCAACGUGUGGGUGCUUCAGUUAGAGAAGCAGGUGGCGGCAUUUCAGCAGAGGAAGGAGGAGAGGGAAAGGCAGGGGGUGGUGCUGAGGCGAGGGAGGUGA